AAAUUUGAUUGUCGAACGUGAAAUAUAAAAACUUUUCCAAAAAUCUGCACAUAUGAAGCAUUGAGACGCCGAGCUUAAUUUUAUUCACUUUUUCAAAUAAAAAAAAAUACUCAUUUGCAUUCGAAAAACUAAUUUUACCAGCCAUAAAAAACAUGAAAUUAUUCGCAAAUCUUCAAAAUUCCAAGCGUUUAUUUGGUCUAGAACCAAAUUAAUUUGUAUAUAUGGAUAGUUGCAGCUCAAGAACCAAAAUUAAAAAAAAAUUGGUUAUUCUUCAGAAAAGCGUGUUUUGAGGAACUUUUUUGAAUGGGCAAGAAAAUUCCAAGGCAUCUACAAAUUUUAAGCUCAACUUUGCAAAUUUUCAAAAAUUUUCCAAAUUUCUUACAAAAGACAAGCUAGUAGACGUAAACCCAAAAUUUAAAUCUGAUUUAGUCAAUGGCCUCAACUGUUGAUAUAUUAACAGAUUCGAUCGCAAAAACAAGGUUAAAAGUAACGAAAAGUUCAAUUACUUUCUUAGACUAGAAGGUGAAAGUGUUUCCAUAUACUUUCUUCUUUACUUUAAAGAAUUUCGAAAAAUGUUGCUUUUAUCCUACGCAUAAAUAUCAGCAAUUAUGCUGAAAGGAUCCAUAAUUCCAAGCAGUCUGAGCGAACAUAAUGAUUCCAAAACGAGUUUUAAUUUUCAAAAUGUUCCCGAUUUUCAACGAAAAGUUGAUUUACAGCCUUUGAAGAGGAUGACAUGUCUUUUACAGAAAAUCAAAUUAUUGAAUAUUUCAAUGGUGAAGAAUGUGAAAUAUUAAAAUAUUUUCAAACAUCUGCACCGUUUAAGACGUUGAAGCUUCACUUUUGAAUAUUUAAAGAAUCACGCAGUUGUCAAUUUAAACCCGUUUUCCCGAAAAUCCACCAAUCUUCAAAAUUGGAAGCGUUUAUUUGGUCUAGAACCUGAUAGAUCAGAAUGUGGUUUCAAGGAGCGCAAUUUGUAUAUGGAAAGCUGCAGCUUUAGAGCCAUUUUCAAAAUUUUUGCCCUUUCACAAAAGCGGGUUUUGAGCAUCUCUAUUUGAAUGGUCAAAAACCCAAAAAAUGUAGAAGAUUCUAAGGCAUCUACAGAUGGAUUAUUGAAUUUCUAAGCGCGAUUUUCCAAAUUUCCAGAAACUUUCCCAGUUUCUUACAAUACAAAUUAGUAGAUCUAAAGGGAAAGAAUUCGUAUACAAAAACUCGAAAUUUUGAGUGUGUAUUCAGCGCUUAUUCAGUUGGAGUAUUGAAGCUUAAAGAUUCACUUAAAAAUUUUUACGGGUUUAAAUCAGGAACAUAUAAAAUUGGGCAUGCUUUAAAUUUUUUUUAAAUCUCCCGGUUUUGAUGCAAAUGUUAAUUCUUCAGGAGUUCAAACAGUAAGGUUUCUCCAAUGCUUAGCCAAACUUUUAAGUGUUUUUAUCCUGCAGAACGUGAGCUUUGAAUAAUUUCCAAAUGAAUUACCAGCGGAUUUUUGAACCUGCAACCUUAACUUCAAAAUUUAUAUUAUUGAACUUUUCUUAAUUUGUUGCAAUUAACUCAAAUGGAACCUUUUUAAAGCUUGUAACGCAUGUAUUGCUUAUUUUAUAGACUAUGUUGCGGCGAAUAGUACUGGAUGCCCGAGAGUAUCCAAAGAGCAUAUUUCCAGCCUAUGUAAAAUUCCCAGUUGCAUGCAAAGUGCCACAAUUGCGUUUUUUUGCCAGCAACUUUAUGAAAAGAUGUUUAAAUGCGACAAAACCUACUGGCCAUUCAGGUACCUGUGCGAUGGUACUGAACAUUGCCCGAAUGCCAUUGAUGAGGACCUCCAGCUUUGUGCACAUAUUCAGUGCCAGAAAAACUUCUUCCAGUGCAAAACACGCCAAUGCAUCGACUCUUCCAGACUUUGCAAUGGGUUUAGAGACUGUUGGGAUGGAUCGGAUGAGUCUCCGUUGAUUUGCAGCGAGUUUACUGAUUGUGGUCAAAUACAGGCCACCAUCAAAAUGCAACCUCUGAUUAUACAGGGUGUUCCAACAAAGCCAAUUUUCUGGCCUUGGUAUGCUGCUCUGUUUCAACUGCAAGGCCUCAAGUGGGCCUUCUUUUGCAGUUCCACGAUUAUCAGCAGGCGCACCGUCAUUACUGCUGCCCAUUGCAUAUGGGGCAUGCCUAAGCAGGACAUCAAAGUGGUGGCAGGCAAACUUUUGAGCGACUUUUACGUGCCAGAACCGGACAGUCAAGCUUUGGAUGUUGAGGACAUCGUGGUGCAUCCUCUAUAUCAGGACUCUUUGGGCAACUACGGAUCUGAUAUUGCAAUCAUCCUGCUGCACGGUGAGUUGGCUUUUUCCUCAAGCAUCCAGCCGAUUUGCAUGAACUGGACAUUGAGGAACAUCCUCAGAGGCAAACACCUCAAAUAUCCCGCAAAGGUUGCAGGUAUGGGAAUAACUGAAAACGGAAGAAUUUCCAAGGAGCUGAAAGCCAUUGAUGUGAAGAUCCUUCAGAACAAAGAGUGUCUGCAGAACCAAAGAUACGAGUUUAGGAAAUACAUCACUGUUGGGUCGUUUUGCGGCAAAGGAGUUGAAGGUGGGAUUGUUUGUAAUGGAGACAGCGGAAGUGGACUGGCAGUUCAAAGUGGACCAUCUGGAAAAUGGACGCUGGAAGGCAUUGUUAGCAUCAGUCCAAAAAACCCCAGAAAAAUCCUGUGCGAUGCCGAGUAUUUUACCAUUUUCACAAACGUCGGAAUGUUCAGCCAGUGGAUCCACGACACUAUUUCAGAAUUAUAUAACUGAAGAAAGCCAUUAAAGUUCAAUAAAAACCAAACCUGA